CAGGAUUAACUCUCUAGCCCCCAGCUGUGCUGAUUUGCGGGGCAGCCUGCCAGUCCAGUCCCCGCGAGCCCUCGCCGUGCGUGCAGAGCCCAGCGUGUGGAGCGGGGGAUGGGGCAGCCAGCUGCCUCUGUGCUGUGUCUGGGGCUGGCUCCCUGGCUGAGUGCGGUGGAGGGCCACAGCCUCAACAGCAGCUGCUCAAAAUCUGGGGUGGACGGAGGCGACCGCUCCUAGCUGUGGCCUGCAUCCAUCUGCUCCCUCUUCCUCCCUGCCUGUCCCCUCUGCCCGUCGCGCUACAGCAGCUCCCUCCAACCCACACUGCCCAUCAUCACCACGGCCAGGGUCGCCAGCCCCUCUGCCAGCUAUGGGGGACCUACCGGGGCUCGUGCGCCUUUCCAUCGCGCUGCGCAUCCAGCCCAAUGACGGCCCUGUUUUCUUCAAGGUGGACGGGCAGCGCUUCGGCCAGAACCGCACAAUCAAGCUGCUCACCGGCUCCUCCUACAAGGUGGAAGUGAAGAUCAAACCCACAACACUGCAGGUCGAGAACAUUUCCAUUGGUGGUGUGCUUGUCCCACUGGAGCUGAAGUGUAAAGAGCCUGAUGGGGAGAGAGUUGUCUACACGGGCAUAUAUGAUACAGAAGGUGUAGCUCCUACCAAAAGUGGUGAGCGACAACCCAUCCAGAUCACCAUGCCGUUCACAGACAUUGGGACCUUCGAGACAGUGUGGCAAGUCAAGUUCUACAAUUACCACAAGCGAGACCACUGCCAGUGGGGAAGCCCGUUCUCUGUCAUUGAGUAUGAAUGCAAGCCCAACGAGACACGCAGCCUCAUGUGGGUGAACAAGGAGUCCUUCCUCUGAAUACAGCUCCUUCUGAUGUUGCUAGACAAUCUCCAGAAAUCUACGUUUAGACAGACCAGCACAAGCCUUAACCAAGGCACACCACACCAUGGCUGUUUCCCAAUGACCUUCUAACCCCAAUUAUUUUGAACGUGUGAUUCCUCUCUGAUACAGUAGCUGUGACAUGAAAGAUGAUGUCACAUCCCUGAAAGUCCUCCGUCCACUACUCUAUGCUGGUGUUCCUGCAUCUAUCCACACUCCAUCACAUUGUCUACCAGUGUGACUGGAGCUCGGUGGGACUAGCAGGUUUGUCCUAGACCAGAAAGGUCCACAGGACCAUGGUAUUUUGUUUCCAAGACAAGCAAUGCCUCCCUUUUGUGUUCAUUGUCAAAUUAAAAUAACAAUGUGCUUGAGUUCCCCGUGUGUGAUAUUGUAACAUGUAGCAUGCAAUGUUUGUGAGCAUCCAAAGCAGACUUUGUGGAAAUGUAACACAAUCAGCAGUAAAUGGGAUUCCAAUGCUGUACUUCCUAUCAACAGCCCAGCUUUCUCAGAGAAAGAAAGAAAAUGACAGAAUAAAAAGAUGAAUCUAUAAAGAAACAUUUAUAAUGUAUUAAUAGUCUUUCAAGUAGCAAGGUAUUAUGCUGUGGCCUAGUAGAAAGAGGGAAAAGACAUUGUUGUGGAACUGGAACUUUGGGUCACCCUUUUGGCAAGCUACCAUAGACCAAACACGCAUAGAGAUGGCAUCCCUACAUACCAUUUCACUUGAACUUUGUACAAUCGUGUCUGGAAUGGUAAUCAACUUUUGAUAUUUCUUAAUAAAGACAUUGAAAAUCGUGCCCCAACUUGUA